ACAACUUCUUGCUUACUAAAUAUAUAUAUGUAUGUGCCUUUAUACCCAUAUCUCUUCUGAGCUCAAGGCAAGGAAGCAACUUCAUCCUCUCUCAUUCUUUUUCACAGCUUCUCUAAGCUCCAACCAUCAAUGGCUACUCAGGCACAAUCUGCAGUUUCUGUCCUUUUAGUCCUUAACCUCGUACUUUACUUCAUCAUCACCGUCAUCGCUUCGUGGGCGGUAAAUCACGCAUUGGAGAAAUCUUUUGAAUCAGCAUCAACAUUGACAUUGCCAGCUCGGUUGUUUCCUAUAUACUUCCCGUUCGGAAACAUGGCGACGGGAUUCUUUGUUAUCUUCUCUUUGAUUGCUGGGGUUAUGGGAAUGGCAUCAUCAGCCACAGGAAUCACUAAUGUCACAAAAUGGGAUUCCUCAAAUAUUCACACAGCCUCUGUUUCCUCUCUUGCAACUUUUGCUGUUACUAUACUUGCUAUGGGAUUUGCAUGGAAAGAAAUUGAACUUGGUUGGACAGAUUCAAACUUGAGGACUUUGGAGGUAAUAACAAUCAUCACAAGUGCAACUCAGUUGUUAUGCACAGGUGCUGUUCAAAUUGGAGUUGAAGAGAUGGUUGUUGCUGAAAAGCAAGUUGGAGGAAGGGUUUGAAUCAAACCAAAAAUAUUUCAUUCAAAAGGAAAAAAAAGUCAUCUUGUAAUUUAAACACUUUUGAUUUCUUUUCUUUUUCAUUCUUUUUUCAAAAUUUCGUGUAUUAAUUUCGUGUGGAUUUGAUGUGGUGAAUGUCGUCUAUCGCACUUGAAUUUGUUCUCCUUUUCCAUUAUAAAUUUUAUGAGAUGUGAGCUUGAAAAUGCAACAAAUCAAUAAUACAUGCUUGAAGAUUCAUACGUU